GUCAAGGGCAGUAACGUUAAUUGAGGGCAUGGGGUGAACAUGUGGGAAACAUGCAUAUAUGUAUGCGCACUUGCUGAAGAAUAAAACCGCCCAAACCACCCUUGCUAUCCAUUGUCAACUUCGAACGUGAAGUACCUUGGCCUGGACAACGAACCGUAUCAACUGAACUCGAUCCACAUUUCUUUGACCGUAGGCUGAUAGAAGAAAGUAUGGAGAACCGGCGCGAUCCGGGGGCGGAAGACUUGCCAGACGAUUUAACACCCUUUAUCACUCGAACAACUCAGGACCACAUUAGUGGAGGUGCGUUUGGCGAUGUCUGGAAAUGCAAUUACAAUGCAAACAGUGGUAUUUCAACCUUCGUUGCGGUCAAGUCAUUCAGAUUUCCCCAGAGUUAUGAUUUGGAGCGAAUCAACAGGAAAAUCAGCCGAGAAAUUGGCAUUUUGAAGAUUCUACGCCAUGACAACAUUGUACCGUUGUUGGGUACAGCGACAGGAUUUGGACGAAUGCCAGAGUCGCGCUGCUUAGUAACUCCGUGGAUUCCAAACGGCACCUUGAUUGCCUACCUAGCAUCCAACCACGAUGAUCUCACAAUGCUGGACCGUUCACGUAUGGUAAAGGAUGUCAGCGCUGGACUGUGUUAUUGUUAGUUUCAUAUAUCUUCUGAAGACGUUUGGAAACGAGUGGUGACUUACCUUUGGUGCAGUGCACUCUGUACACAUCGUGCACGGGGAUAUAACAGGGGCGAAUAUACUAAUUGACGAGGGGGGGCGUGCAAGGUUGAUCGAUUUUGGUCUUUCCA